GUGUAGGAAGUAGAGGCAGCCCGGAAGAGUGGAAGUAUGGUAGCACAGCUUGGGGUCCAGAGGUGGAGUUGAAGUCCCUUUUAUUUCUGGGGAAGUUGGAGAGGGUGAGGAGGCCUAGUGAACCGGUGCCAGUUGCCUAGCAACCGGAGACGCUGCUCUAGACUCGUGUUUUCUGGGAACUGCUCCUGAGUUUGCCUAUGAGAAAGCUCUCAGAAGGAAGUUCUUGGUGGAAUCACUUUGGUUUAUACCCCUUUCAGUCCUUCUAUUUCCGGUUUGGGUUGAAUGGGGCUAACACUCUUAGGUCAAGUCAGCUUGCCUUGUUUCCUAGUGUGGCCCUGAAGAAGGGGAUAGUGGAUUCCUUUUGGAGCGCUCCAGAUACUGUGAAGCUCUCUACUAAGCCCGGAGACAAAAAGUGAGGAGCACCGGGCGCCAUCACUUUUAUAAGCUUACUGUGUUACCGAAGACUAAUUGGUGCAACUUGGAGCUGCAAACACCCUACCCAGUUGCUUCCAGAAAGACUAAAAUAUAGCACGCUGUACAAGACAUACAGACAUUUGAAUGGAUUUAGAGGUGAAAGGGGUGGCUGCAGCUAGGAGCCAAACUCAGCUAUAUUCUGGAAGAAAGAAUUCACUGAAACAAGGAUGGACUUCCAGAUCAUGGGCAAUUCAAAAUUCCUGCCUACCUAUGGUCCCACCACUUGAUCUGGGAAGCCUUGUUGACUCUGAUGAGGAGGAUAAGUUUUCACCAGCACCACGUGGUACCGUCCAUGAUGCUCCACGGUCACAGCCUACUCUGAGCUACAUUAUGCCGUGUCAAAGGCCAUAUAUUCAACAUCAUCUAAAUGAAGCGGAACAGGACACAAUACCUGAGGAUUUGCCAGCACCAACAGGCAAAUACAAGCUAAAAUACCAGCAGUAUGCAAGUGAAAUGAAGGACGGCUACAAACAGUACAUUCAGAGGAGUGCAGAGAAGCCAAAGCCAGGAAAAGGGCCAGAGGCUAACAAGAAGGUAGAAGGAGCCUGCCUGGAUGACCUCAUAACUUUGGAUAGGAAAGCCCUAUUACAGCAAGGCUAUGCAGACAGCCCUUACCAUAGACGGAGCAGUGCAAAGAAAUCAGAUGUGGAGACUGUGGCUCUAGAGAAGAAGAGGCAGACUGUUGCAGAACAAAUGAUGGUAGACCACUUAUCCAGGAUAAGAACCAACUCCACAUUAACAGAGAAUGACCUUUCUCAGAAAGUAGAAUUCGAAGGGAGGGUCUUAUCAAGAAAUGGACGCGAUGCCUGCAGGGAACUGAUUGGGUUUUUCUUUGCCCAUGACCAGUCCCUAACUGUGUAUGAGUAUCGAAUGUUUGGGAAAAACAGAACAAGCGUGCUUCCUUUUAUUAAAAAAGACGUUUAUUGUCAUCAGUAUGGACAGAGAAAAGGAGAGCAAUAUGAGCUUGGUGACUUCUAUACUGGUGCAACUUUGACAUUUCUGAGCUGUGAUCAUCCUAGCCUUCCAAAGAGCAUAAAAGAAAAUGCAUUACUUAGACUUCGAAUUACAAGUAUUGAUCAAGUAGCUUUGGAUUCUCUGAAAGCUGCCUCUGCGGAACCCGGGAGAGAAGAUCCAGUCAGUCAGGAGGCACAAGACCAGCUGGUGCUGCAGGCCAUUCAAGAGAAACUAAAAGAACAACUGCACACGAAAGGUGUUCGGAUUUUGACCGGAUUGGGAAAAUACUUUCAACGUUUGGACAAGGAAGGGAAUGGGCUUUUAGAAAAGACAGAUUUUCAGCAAGCUCUGGAAACCUUCCACUUGGAAGUGUCUGAGCAGGACUUUGAGUCUUCCUGGCUAAUCCUGCUAGGCCAUGGCCAUAGCCAGAACAAGGUUGAUUAUGGAGAAUUCAAACGUGCCAUUUUUGGUGAAAUGAAUGAAUAUAGGAAAUCAUUUGUUCGCAAGGCCUUCAUGAAAUUGGAUUUUAACAAAACCGGCACCGUGUCUGUUAUAGACAUAAGAAAGUGUUACUGUGCAAAGAAGCACCCACGUGUGAUUUCAGGGCAUUCAACAGAGGAGGAAAUCAAAUCGUCUUUCCUAGAGACAUUAAAAGACGCCUGCAGCAAGCCUGAUGAAGUUUCGUACGGUGAAUUUGAAGAUUAUUAUGAAGGCCUAAGUGUAGGGAUAGCAGGCGAUGAAGACUUUGUCAAUAUCUUAUGUACUCCAUGGGGAAUUUAGUUUUCAAUAAUGCACAUUCUCACCGGCACCAAGCAUUUCAUAGUUAAUAUGCACUUUACAUAAAAUAUGAUCAGCUUGUAAUAUAUUUUCUAAGAUUCUUUUUAACUUUCUUUAAAAGUGAAGUCUGGAAAGGCUAAUGCAGAACUCAAUAUGUGUUUUUGAGCACAUAUACAUGCUUAUAUGUCUAAAUGUUUAUAAAGACAGUUCUUUUUGCUCAUUCUUAUCUUAUACUUAUUAUAUAUCUAUUUAUUACACUUGUAAUACUGAUGCUUAUUGUAUCUCUUAUCCUACCAGAAUAAGAUGGUCCUUAUUCUUAUAUAUUAUACUCCUUACACUUAUUUUAGAAAAGUAGUUAAAAUUUAGCCUUAAUAGAAAAGUAACAUUUUCAUCAAACUCUAUGAGGGCUUAUAUAGUGAUCCUUUUUUGUCCUUUCUCAAUUUUCUUAUAACCUUUCUCUAGAAUACAGUUGCCACCAUUCUCAAUUUAAUGAUGUGGGAUUCAGAUCAAGGCUGUAGUAGUUAGUGCAACUUGUUUGAAAGGUGAAAAUAUCCAGAUAUUUGUAAAAGCAAUGUUAAAGUCAGUAUGAUUAUGGGUGUUUUCUAUGCAUUGUAUUUCAAAUGGUUGGUGUUUACUCCUCAAUGUUUAUUUAAAGAGAAUUGGUAUUUAUUUUUGUCUUCAAAAUUAUAUACUACUCUUUGUUCACUUGGAAAAAUUACAUUUUAUUUUCUAUUUUAACCGUCAUAUUAUCUGUAUACAAACAUUACUUAAAAGUAAACAACAAAAUGUAGGAAACCUUGGAGUGUAUAAAUAUCCCCUUAGACUAUUAAAUGAAUUCUGAAAUAAUUAAAUGAUUUUUAUACAAAAUUUAAAAGCAUACUUUGUAUCACAAAAUAAAGACAUGGUAUUCUAAGCACCUCUUCUUGGUAUAAGAAACCAUCAGAACAUUUUCUUC